AUGAAUCAUUGUGAGGCUGCACACGACUUGCUUAUGCAGACGGUAAGAGAUAUAAAAAUUGAUGUUGCCCUCUUAUCAGAACCUUACAAACAUCUAACAUCUAAAUAUUGGCCAUGGGAAACGGACAGAUUUGUCGCAGCAUCAUUAGAUGGCAUACAUUUAUACAGCUGUUACGCUCCACCUAGUCUUUCUUUGCCAGAUUUUGUCGAUUUUUUAGAUCGUCUUGUGGAGGAUGCAAAACGACACCACCCCGUAGCGAUAGCCGGUGACUUUAACGCAUGGGCGGUAGACUGGGGAAGUAGGAAGACUAAUGCAAGAGGUAAAGCACUUUUGGAGGCCUUCAAUGCACUUGACGUGGUUUUACUUAAUAGUGGUGAUAAACCAACCUUUGAAAAGGGCAGUGCAAGCUCAAUAAUAGACCUUACUUUUGUUAGCAAUAGCCUCGUCAGAGGAAUUUGCAAUUGGGAGGUAUUAGAUAUCUACACUGCUAGUGACCACAAUGCAAUCAUCUGGGAAAUAUCAACAGAUAGAAACAUUAGAAGACAUGCGAAAAUAUCUAAAGCCAUUGGACAAUCUGUGCACUGGUGGACUGAAGAAAUCAGCUCUCUUCGUAAAGAGUGCCUAAAGAAAAGAAGGAUCUCUCAGCGUGGAUUUAGUCUCAGUAAUUCUGCACAACUGGUAGUGGAAUAUAAACAAGCACGUAGACAACUAAAUAAAGCUAUCAAAGAUAGUAAAGUUAGGUGCUGGAAAGAACUUUUGGAUGAAGUCGAGGAAAAUCCAUGGGGAAGACCUUAUAAGACUGUAAUGUCUCGCCUCAAAAGCCAGCCAAUACCUUCACCAACUUGCCCACGACUAUUGAAUAAAAUAGUAACUACUUUGUUUCCACGACAACCUAAUUUGAACUACCAGGUAACACAUGUAGAACAGAAUAAUAUUCCACUUAUAACACUGCAAGAACUGAUGGAAGCUUGUCAUCGCGGGAAAGCACCUCCUUUCUGUUACAUAGCGAGAAACUAG